ACGAUGCUACCUUCACACCAAGCAUAGCAUCAAAAGAACAACCUCGAUGUGCAGUUGUAUUGAGGAUCUGCUGUGGCCGCAAUGAUACGCUGUGAGCCGUGCCCCACUAAUCACUGGCAGUUGUGCACGCACUAAACCUUAUUGAAAACAUCAUGUUGUUUUGGUGAUCAUUUUGCUUCAUCCAGUACAUCCAUGAAUCAAUCCUAACAUUUAGUCAUAGACCAAUGUGUCGCGCUGCCACAAGAUAUGCCAAGCAGAUCCCAUCUCCCCCUCGAAGUGUUGCCCGCAUGGGCCAGCCUGAAUGGGAUCAAAUUGCACGGCAUCAAGUUUGCGAAACUUGACAAUGGAUCUGGAAUUGUCGCAACAGAAGACCAGCAGAGUUCCCUCGACGAUGAAGAAGCGCGGAUCUUAAUGACUGUUCCACCAGACAUGGUUCUGUCGCUUGCAGUUGUGCAUGAUUACGCCAAGUCGGAUCGGUACCUGAGAGAGGUUCUAGAAGCCACUGGCGACUUUGGGCGAACUGCCAGAGGCGCUAUUCUUAUCUUCCUGCUCUGCCAUAUCACCUACCAAAGUAACACGCAAGAAAAAGUCGGGGUGAUAAAUCCCUGGACAGAGUAUAUCCAGUUCCUGCCAAGAAAGGUCCCACUACCGACAUUAUGGACGGAAGAUGAAAAGGAACUACUGUAUGGGACAUCUCUCCGAGAAGCCGUGGAGUAUAAACACGCGGCGCUAGAGGCAGAAUACGAGCGGCUCUUCACAGCAACAGACUCUAUCCCCUGGUGCAACCGAGAAUGGUGGGAUGAGGAUACCGGACGGCUGAGCUUAGACGACUGGAAAUUGAUUGAUGCGUUGUACCGCUCCAGAGCCCUGGAUUUACCCGGCACUGGACAUGCUAUGGUGCCCUGUGUGGAUAUGGCUAAUCAUGCUUCGGGUGAAGAAACAGGGGCGUUGUACGAGACGGAUAGAGAUGGAAAUGCCGUGUUACAGCUACGGUGGGGCAAGAAGCUUCGUGAAGGGGAGGAGGUUACUAUUACCUAUGGCGACGAAAAAGGCGCGUCUGAAAUGAUCUUCUCAUAUGGCUUUCUCGAGAGCUCGGUUGCGAGCGCCCGGCAGAUGUUUCUGUCGCUCGAUAUCCCGGAUACUGACCCAUUGAGAUACGCCAAGAAACAAAUAUGCGCUGACAACAUGGCCCCGGGUCUACGUCUGUAUAUAGAAGAUGGCCAGACUAGAUGGGAGAGUGAGUUUGUAUACUGGGCUUGUGUGAAUGAGGAGGAUGGUUUAGGUUUUGAGAUACUCCAGACCCAGGGAGACGACGGGCCGCCAGGAAUUAAAGCAACGUGGAAAGAUGGCCAAGAAAUCGGACACACUGUGCCGGGGAUAUCAAAGGAACUAAAAUCCUUUCGCAACAUUCUCUCUACGGAUGAAUCCCGUUGGGAGGUGUUCCAGCUUCGUGCAGUUGUACUUGUACAGCAACGUGUUCAGUCGCAGUUGGAAAUGUUGACGGGUGAGAUGGAGGAGGCGUUUGAGAACGUGGAACAUGAUAUUGACGGGACACAAACUGGGGUACGGAGUGAGGUAUAUGCAACAAUUCGGCAGUUGAGGGUGUUGGAGAUUGAUUUGUUGAGGAGAAGUCUAGAGGAUUUGGGGAAAACGAUAGAGACCUUACUGGCUUCAGAGAGCGUUGCGCAAUAUCUUAGCCAGCAGAACAACGAGCCUGAGGAUUUUUCGUGAGAUUUAAUAUUUCUAGGAUUUCAUGCUUCUCAUGCUUCUCAUCUUUAGGCGUGCCAUGAUCGACAUUUCCUUAG